AUCAAACUUGCAAUUCAAGAAGAUUGUCAAUAUAUUUCUCAUGGAUGUACAGGAAAAGGAAAUGACCAAGUUUGUUUUGAAUCAGCAUAUUUUGCUUUAAAACCUGAUGUCAAGAUUAUUGCUCCAUGGAGAAUUCCAGCCGAAAAGGGCAUACCUAUUGUUAAAGAAUUGUGUUCAAAAAAUGGUAAUUUAUAUAAUAUCUCUCAUGAAAACAUGUGGAGUAUGACCAUUGAUCUGGAAGAUGCUCCUGAUGAAUCUGAACAAAUU